AUGUUUCAGCUUCCAGUUGCAAGAUACAUUGCUGUUCAGAUAGUUAAGGCCGUAGCAUACAUUCACAGCCGAGGCUUGGUCCAUGGCGACCUUCACCUGUGGAACUUUUUCCUCCGUUUGCCAUCUACUCUCGGCCACCUUUCAGAUAAGCAGAUAUACGAGAAGUUCUCUCCACCGAGACCCGAGCUCGUCGUCCGAGAAGACGGGCAACCUCUUCCACCAGGCGUCCCUGACCAUGUCUACUGGCCAAUUUGGAUGGCGGAGGGAGGCAACAAGCUUACGCUCUCUGAGUCAAAGAUCCUACUCGCCGACUUCGGCACAGCAUUUUAUCCCUACCGAAGACCAAGAUUUGGGUCUUCUACGCCUCUCAACAUAUCCCCGCCCGAGGCACGAUUCGAGCCAGCAACUCCACUGUCUUUCUCUGCUGAUAUCUGGAGCCUUGCGCAUGCCAUCUGGACAGUAUUUGGACUGAAGACCAUUCUUAGUAGCUUCUUGUUGAGUGAGGAUGACGUUACUCAAGAACAGGUUGAUACUCUUGGGAUUCUGCCUGACGAAUGGUGGAACAAAUGGGAAGCCAGAUCCCAAUGGUUCAUGAAAGAUGGAAGCCGCAAGAAAGGCGGAUGCCCAAAGAGGUUGGAGGGACGGUUCGAAUCAAGUAUUCAGAACCCAAGACGCAAGUGUGGCAUGGAGAUUCUUGGUGAAAAUGAAAGUCAAGCGUUUAAAGAAAUGAUACGAUGGAUGCUAUCUUACAGCCUUGACGAUCGACCAACCGCAGAGGAGCUUUUGAAAACAGAUUGGAUGAGACAUUGGGCAAUACCCAACUUCGAUAACAUUCACAGAUGA